AGCAAAGGGAAGAACCAGAGGCUCGUUUAAGACGUGGAAUUGUCCAAAACUUGGGCUGUUCUCAUAAUCUAUAAAAACCAGAGAGCCGCUUUCUUCUUCCUCUUCCAACUGCAUCAAAUUACUACUUCACUCUCAUCCAAUUCCUCUUUCCCCUCAGUUCCCAAAUGUCUUUUUAUUUAAUUUCCCUUCAAUUCAAAUAUAUUGAGUUAAAAUCGACCACCAUGUAUUAAUUUGGUCACUGUUAGACUGGAGCUUCCUUAAAUUCUCUCUUUCCCCUUCAUAUAUAUAUAUAUAUAUAUGGCUAUUAAGCCUGGUUCUUCUUCGUUUUCUUGUUUGGUCGUCUCUUUUUAUUCUCCAUAUCAGUCCAGGAACUUCUCCCAGCUGAGCUUAUCAACGAGACAAUAUAACCACCAGAAAUAUGAAGCUUUGCAGCUUGUAAAUGCUAAAGUCAAAUUAUGCCACUUCAUACAUGGAUCUCUCAAGUUAAGAGCAAGGUUUCCAGAGAGGAAAAAUGUGCUACUUGCUGCUUGUGAAGAUCAGUAUUGUGAUGAACUUAAUCCUGAUGAUCAGUAUUCUGAUGAACUUAAUCCUGAUGCUUUAGAGCAAGUAAAUUUCCAAUCCAAUGCCGAAAUUGUUUCUACGGAUGACAGUUCAUCUAUUCCUCUUGAGGGAACUGAUGGAAAACCUGGUUUAGUGUCAUUCUACAACCGGCCCUAUAAAAGACAGGACGAUGUCAGUUCUAAUGUGCAACGGACUCAAGGCAGCCCACUGUGGUUUCUCGGUCCUGCUGUCUUGGUAGCCUCUUUCAUUUUCCCUUCCCUUUAUUUGCGCAGGAUAUUGUCCACUGUGUUUGAGGACUCUUUGCUGACAGAUUUCCUCAUACUAUUCUUCACCGAAGCCCUUUUCUACUGUGGCGUUGCGAUUUUUCUUUUCCUCAUAGAUCAUCUAAGAAGGUCUGUGCAACCUGAUUCUGCUACAAAUGAUGACAGAACAUUGCCUUCUCAAUUAGGACAAAGAAUCUCUUCUGUUGCUACCCUGGUGCUUAGUCUUUUAAUUCCAAUGGUGACAAUGGGUUUUGUCUGGCCAUGGACUGGCCCGGCAGCAUCUGCUACACUUGCUCCUUACCUGGUUGGUAUUGUUGUUCAAUUUGCAUUUGAGCAAUAUGCAAGGUAUCGAAAGUCACCUUCUCGGCCUGUCAUUCCAAUCAUCUUUCAAAUUUAUAGAUUACAUCAACUGAACAGAGCAGCACAACUGGUCACAGCUUUGUCAUUCACAGUUAGAGGUGCUGAAAUGACUGCUCAUAACAUGGCCAUAAACAGCUCUUUGGGUACACUUUUGAAUGUUCUGCAGGUCCUUGGAAUUAUCUGCAUUUGGUCACUUGCAAGCUUUCUUAUGAGAUUCUUCCCUUCCACUACUAGGAUUGCACAGUGAAGUACGAAUUUCAUUUCCAGAUUGUGAUCUAAUUUACAGAGUAAAGACUGCAUUUUGUCUUGGUUUUGACAACUUAUAAAUUUAUGCGACUGACUCAACUGCAUUGGUGUCAACUUGCGACCAAGUGGAGCUGGGUAUUUAAUUAGUCUGAAGCAUAUUAAAAGGCUAAGCAGGAUAAUUUGAUCGAGGAUGUUAGCGCAAAAGAGAGCAAAACCAGCCGGGAUUGUCGUGCUUGCUAUUUUCUGGUCUCAUUUGCCAAUAUCAAAAUUUUGAACAAUUAUCUGGAAGCUUGGUAGAAUUUGGAUUUCAUUUUGCAUAGAUUGGCCUCAUUCUCUACAGAGUGUUAAUUCUUUUGUCAAUUGUGCUCCCGAAGUCCACCAGGGUGAUUAAGACAGUGACACUGCUGAAAUUUGGCAGUUAUCUUUCUUUGCCUAUUAAUUGAUGGAAUUUAAUCAACUAAAAUAAAUCAGUUGAAUUCUUACUAAAUUCUUUCCUGCAUAAAUGUCUUUAUUGGACUUUAUUCCUUACGGAGUACAAGAAAUGAUGAUGUGCCUUUAAGAUGUGUUUUCUUUGUCAUCUUCAUCCUUAUGUGACAGUAAUUUACUCCGCAAAAGAAGCAAAGUUUGCAGUAUUUACUCAA